GAGAAAAGCAGCCCAUAUCAGAGCUAUUUCGAUACCCAUUCUGUAUAUUACAUUUUGUUAAUACUCUGCUCUACAGAAUACAUGAAAUCUAGGGAAGGACAGACGUCGACACAGGAAUCCAAGCUACAGGAUGGCAGUGCUGAAAGUGAAAUUCACAAAGACCAGAAGGGGAAAACUGGCACAGAUUUUGUGGAUCCUUAACUGGUUGUCGGUGGUGACAGGACUCAUUAUAUUCAGCCUCGGCCUCUUUCUUAAAAUUGAAAUCAAGAAACGCAGCGAGCUGAUGGUGAGUGGUGGAAUGCACACAGUCCCCAACAUGCUCAUAGCCGUGGGAGUCAUUGCUUGUGUCAUCAACUUUUUUGGGGGCAAGAUCUGCUAUGACUGCUCGGACUCCAACAAAUUUGUACGAUGGAAGCUGUUUAUGUUGCCCUACAUAAUCUGCACCUUCUUCUUCACCUUCUGCGUCUUUGCAGGAGCCAUCAUGUGUUACACAACGCGGAAUGAACUAGAAUCCGCAUUGUAUCGUGGACUUAAGGAUGCAUUGAAGUAUUACAAAGAUACGGACAUUCCAGGACGUUGCUUCUUAAAAUCCACCAUAGACCUCUUACAGAUUCAGUUUCGCUGUUGCGGAAACAAUGGCUUUAGAGACUGGUUUGAGAUCCAGUGGAUUUCUGCACGGUACCUGGAUAUGGGUUCAAAAGAGGUUGUUGAUCGUUUUAAAAGCAACGUUGAUGGGAAGUACCUUAUGGAUGGAGUCCCGUUUAGUUGCUGCAACCCCAGCUCCCCUCGGCCUUGCAUCCAGUACCAGGUGACUAACAAUACAGCUCACUACAACUAUGACUACUUGACAGAAGAGCUGAACAUCUGGACUCGAGGCUGCAGAGAGGCCCUUCUGGAAUAUUAUGAUGACCUCAUGCAAUCUAUUGGCUUGACUGUCCUUUUGAUUUGGCUCUUUGAGCUAUCAGUGCUGACUGGCGUACGGUACCUGCAGACCGCCAUGGAAAAUGUUUUGGUCCUGGGAGACCCAGAAAGUGAAUCCGAUGGUUGGUUACUAGAAAACAGCUGCGUGGAAACGGCCAAGCAUAACUUCCAGAUCAUCAAGAACCUUGGAAAAGCAAACCAAAUAAACACAAUGGCUGGAAAAUCAGACCCAAAUAUGGAUAUACCAACAGCAGACUAUGGUCCAGAUAAUGUUCCUCCUGGUCCCAUUCCAUGUGACAGUUGACCUUGUUUGAGUUUGGUGCCUGCCAAGAAUAUUGCACCAAAGCUAUAAAAGCCAUUAAUGCCACUGAUGGGAUUUCCCCCGUCCAUCCCGAGUGCACUGAGACUUGGGGGCCCAUUUACUUAGCUCGAGUGAAGCUAAACUUCGAAUUCCGAAUGUUUUUUUUGGCUACUCCGACCAUCGAAUUGGCUACUUCGACCUUCAACUACGACUUUGAAUCGAACGAUUCAAACUAAAAAUCGUUUGACUAUUCAACCAUUCGAUAAUCGAAGUACUGUCUCUUUAAAAAAAACUUCGACCCCCUACUUCGCCACCUAAAACCUACCGAAGUGCAAUGUCAGCCUAUGGGGAAGGUCCCCAUAGGCUUUCUAAUGUUUUUUAGGUCGAAGAAAAAUCGUUCGAUCGAUGGAUUAAAAUCCUUCGUUUGAUCGUUCGAUCGAACUAUUUGCGGUAAAUCCUUCGACUUCGAAGUCAAAGGAUUUACAUUAGACAGUCGAAUAUCAAGGGUUAAUUAACCCUCAAUAUUCGACCCUAUGUAAAUCUGCCCUAUAGUGCUAGGAUAUCUUACUGGAUCUCUCAAGGUUUUAGAUUUGCAAUUAAGAAUUUUUAGCAGAACAACUAUUUUGAUUUAAUUUGCUGGAAAACAAAGUGGGAAAGUCCGAGAGAGAUAAUUUGGAAGAAGAAAAUGAUUUGUGAUUCAGAGAAAACAAGUCCUAUUACUAUACUCUUUGAUAAAUAUACCCCUAUAACUCGACCUUUGAUAAAUAUGCCCCGAGUGAUGAGACUUUUUGUCUUUUUACAUUUUCAACAGACAACAGUAUUUUCUUGGCCCUUCUAUCCCAUAUUCCUAAAAUGUUACAAUCAGUAUAGUCGAAGGAAACCAAAUCAGGAACGCUUAAAAAAAUGCAAUAAGAAGGCCAACACGUGUAUUUAAUUUAGAUGCUACUGUCUGAUAAACCCCAAAGAAACCCAUAAUAGGGUAAUAUAAUCAGAUUAUAAAGUAUGUUUGUCUCCCGAUAGGUCUCUGGUUCUGUUUUCUCCAAGAUGUUUUUAGUUGCUGCACAAAGUAGGAGUAAAUGAAGGUAAAUAAAGCAAAAUAUCACUGCUAUGCAAUUAAACAGAACAAUGGAACAAAACAUA